AUGAGCAGCAGCACCACGCCACGCGGCCACAAGCGGGAGCGGUCCGAUAGCUCGGUGGAGAUUGUCUCCGUUCGGCGCGUCAGGAAACCGAACACGGAGCCGUCAACGCCGGUUCCACCGCCGCCACCGCCACCGCCGCCGCCGCCGCCGCCGCCGGAGCCAGAGGAGCGGCCGCGACACGAGUUCCAGCGCUACCCACCCCACGGGUUCAACAAGAUAUGGCAGCGCGCCAGAACGGAGCGCUUCACCGUAAUAAGCCGGAGACGGUACGACGACGAGGCCGACGGCUGUCCGCAAGAGGAGUUUCAGCUGGCGGGGACGACGGGCAACGUAUACACCAUCCACGUGGACCGCGAGCCGGACUGCGACUGCCCGUGGGCUCGCAAGGGGAACCAAUGCAAGCACCUUGUCUAUAUUCUUCAUCGUGUUCUCGAGGCCCCGUACGAGCUCGUGUACCAGCUCUCGCUUCUGAAGAGCGACCUCCGUCUCAUCUACGACAAGUUCUCGCCACCUCCUCCCGCCGCUCCCGCCAAGGACUGCGGCGGCGGCGGCGGCGGCGGCGGGAAGCGCAGGCCAGUCGAGGGCGACUGCGCCAUCUGCUAUACUGAGCUCGGCGGCGAUGACGACGGGGAGCUCGUGUGGUGCCGGGCGUCGUGCGGCCAGAACAUGCACCGGGCGUGCUUCAGAGGAUGGGCGCGCGGGGGUGCCACGACGUGCCCGCUGUGCCGCAGCCCCUGGCAGGGCACCUGGCAGGGGACGGCGCGGCAGGGCGCCGUGGCGGCGACGGCGGUGAACACGGAGCGGGCGGUCGAGGCUGAGGAGGGCUACCUCAACGUGGCGGACCAGCAGGGCAUCAGCAGCUAUCGAGAUGAUAGCGAGUACCAGCGCCGAAGAGCGCGGUGGGAAGCGAGGAUGGAAAGGAUGGACAGGUACUACCGGGACUACGAGGAUCUGGACGACGAAGAGGAUUAUUAG